CGUGACUCCAUAUAUAGUACUGAUUCAAUUUAAUUGGCUUAAAUCUCAGUACCGGCCACAAUAUUCUAGGGGACAGGCUAGUUAAAACAAAGUAAUCAUCGAAAAACUAUGAACAUAUCUAAUAGUGCUCGUUUUAGUGUUUCAAAAUAAAGAAAACAUAGAACAGGAUGAACUUCUCACCUUUUGUUAAGCAGAUGUUCGUGGCGACAGCACCACAGUUAGCAGCGGUGUCCAUGGGCGGCUCGCUAGGAUAUCCAUGUGUCUUGAUACAGCAAUUCCAAUCUAAUGACACCAGUAUAAAGACUGAUUUGGAUACUCUUACUUGGAUCGCGUCAAUGCAUGGAGUUGCCGGGAUCGGAGCUACUCUAAUGCCAACCUUAAUGCAAUGGAAGGGAAGAAAAUGCACAUUCAUUGGAAGCACUCUACUUCUUCUAAUGGGCUGGUUGCUAGCGUUCGUAGCUCAAGAUACUUUUACCGUCCUUCUAUCAGCAAUAUUCCAUGGCCUAUCAAGCAACUGCAUUACAAUUGUGAACCUUGUGACCAUCAGUGAAAUGUUGGCCCCUAGAUACAGGUCAGCGUCAAUGGUUCUAUUAAACAUCAAUCAAACUAUCGGCCAGUUCAUCGUUGCUGCAUUAGGGUCUAUUUUCAAUUGGCAAAUUGUUGCUUUGAUUAUGUGUGGGCCAGCUAUAGUUGCUUUAUUAUUGUCUUCUCUAUGGCCCGAGUCACCUUCCUGGCUAGCGUGUAAAGGAAAAUAUGAAGAUAGUGAGAAAGCCUUUGUCUGGCUAAGAGGAAGCGAUGAUGACGCAAACAAAGAAUUGAAAGCAAUGUUAGCAGCUCAAAAAGAAUCAAGGAUAAAGGUUUCCAAGAAGACCAAAUUACAAGAAACGUGGUCAGAAAUGAGGAGACGAGAUUUUUAUCUACCAAGCCUUUACAUGUUUGUAAUAUUACUGAACUUUUAUAUAAGCGGCGCAUUACCUUUGUUUAUUUAUAGCAAAGAUAUCUUAGAAAUGGCUACGGGAGCUCCAGAAAUAGCUACGUUCGGUUACUUAGCAAUGGUGUCAACGUUAUUCAUUGGAUCAUUGAUUUCUUUAAUACUGAUAAGAUAUUUUAAGACUAAAACUGUGUUAUCUUGUUGCGUGGGAUGUAUUUUGAGCUUAUUUAUCUGUUCUUUAGUGUCAUAUUUGCAAAGCAGUGGGAUUGUUAGCGCUGAUUCGUAUUUGUUUCUAUAUCCUUUUUUAGGUUAUAUGGUGUUUAGUAAUUCUGGUUUUAACCCUAUAACUUUUGCUUUGCCGAUAGAUUUGAUGCCGGUUAAGCAUAGAGGUAUGGGUGGAGCAUUGUUUAAUGUAUUAACCUGUUUAUUAUACGUAGUAACAGUGAAGCCAUUUUUAUAUGUUGUUGGUAGUUUAGGCUUAACAGUGACCUUCUUUUUGUUUGCUAGUUCGUGUUUGUUUUGUACUAUAAUCAUUUGGAUUUAUGUACCAGAAACGAAGAAUAGGACUUUGCAAGAAAUUGAAGAUUAUUAUAAUUAUGGUUCGUUUGAUAAAUUUAGGCAUUCUGAUGAUGUUGAAGUGAAGUUGCCGAUUGUUAAGGGUGAUGUGGUCGAUUGAAUAAAUGACUGUUUAAAUUUAACAGUUAUUCGAUUGUUGAUGUUUAUUGCGUCUGUAUGCAAAUUCUGCCAACCUUAUCGGUGUUCAAUUAAAACUAAGCGAAACUAGAUUUAGAGAUUUUAUUGAGAUAUUAAAU